AUGUAUGUAACGACUAACGAUGCUGGUAAAUUGCUGCUCGACCUCCAUCGGUGGCUUGAGACAGCUGUCCAAAGCAUCGUCUUUGUCGACCAAACCCUGGGCCAGAAACACAUCAAUGGUCUUCGAAAAUUUCACCUGAUUCACGCCAAACCCGAAUCGGCGACCGGCCAACUCCGCCUCGUCUGUCCAGUACCUAAUUUGAUCGCAAUUCACGGGUUCCGUCGAUUAACUCAAUGA